AUGUCACGACUAGACGGGGGAGUAUGGAUCCUGAUGUGUUUACCGGAGCAAGAAGCAGACGCACGACUGAGGAAACUAUCAAAGUUGGGAAUCGAAGUCGAGCAACAACUACAGAAGAUGCAGCUCUAG